AUGAAGUUGAAGCAGCUGGAAAGUGAACUGUCACAGGUUUCAAAGUUCAAUGACCCAAAGGUUCACUUGGAACAAUACCCAACCACACCCCACUUGGCUGCAAGUAUGAUUUACACUGCUGCAACCACAUUCAACGACAUUGUCGAUCAAUCGAUAGUAGAUUUAGGUGUUGGGUGUGGGAUGCUGACAUGUGCUGCAGGAAUCAUGGGUGCAGCCUACACUAUUGGUAUCGACAUUGAUCUGGAUGCUCUACAUCAAGCACAAGAGAAUUGCGAUACAUUGGAGGUCGAUGUAGAUUUGAUUCACAUGAAUGUUAGAUGUCUACUGGAGGGUAUGGAAUCAAGAGGGUUGAUGGCCAAUACGGUUCUGAUGAAUCCGCCGUUUGGAACCAAAGGGAAUAAAGGAAUUGAUAUGGUUUUCUUGCAAGCUGCUUCUAAAAUCGCUCGCAAUGCCAUUUACAGUCUACAUAAAACGAGCACUAGAGAUUAUAUACUCAAAAAAGCAAGAGAGUGGAAUCUCGAGGGCCAAGUGAUUGCUGAGCUGCGAUACAAUAUUGAUGCUUCGUACAAGUUUCACAAGAAAAAGUCUGUUGAUGUUCAGGUUGAUUUCUGGAGAUUUCAAGUCAUUGAGAAAUAA